GGCCCAUUGCGUUGCGACGCUUGAGGUGUGUAAUCUAUCUGGCAACCCGGCGCGUAAGAAGUUUGUCUUCAUACAAGAUGGCAACCACAGGAGUAGGAUCAGCGGAUGUGGUGGUGCCACGAAACUUUCGAUUAUUGGAAGAACUUGAACAAGGACAAAAAGGAGUUGGUGAUGGAACCAUCAGUUGGGGUUUGGAGGAUGACAGUGAUAUGACCCUGUCACACUGGACAGGCAUGAUCAUUGGCCCCCCUCGAACUGCUUUUGAGAAUAGAAUGUAUAGUUUGAAGAUUGAGUGUGGUAUGAAAUAUCCAGAGGAGUGCCCACUGAUCAGAUUUACAACUCGUAUCAAUAUGAAUGGUGUGCACAACACAACAGGAAUGGUUGACAAACGAAUGGUGAGCAUCUUGGUCAAAUGGCAGCGCAACUAUACGAUCAAAACGCUAUUGCAAGAGUUAAGAAGGAUGAUGACCCUUAAAGAAAACAUGAAGCUGCCCCAACCACCAGAGGGAACCAAUUUUUAAGUUGUUAUUACGGAAAAAAUGAUGUCGUCGUCGUCGUCAUGGUGGAAAAUAAUAAAAGGAAACUUUCAUUCUUUCUUUGCGGAACGUUCAUCCUAUUGGCCUAAUCCCCUUCUCAAAAAUGAUGUAAAAUCUUAUAGCUUCAUUGGAAUAUAGGCCAAUACACAUGCAAGUCAAAUA